UCAGUGUUUUUUGCGCGCUGCCCAGCGAUAGAACGGAAAUCGAAGGAGUAGGUGGUAGCAUCAAAGGGAUAACUUUGGCUGGACCAUUACAGAAAAUGGAUUUUCUCGUCGGUAGCCCAUUCUCUUCUCCCGUCGGACAACGAAUUCAACGAGCCACCAGCCCCACUCUGCAGUCUGAAGACUGGGGCCUCAACAUCGAGAUAUGUGACAUCAUCAACGAGACAGAGGAUGGACCCAAAGAUGCUAUGAAGGCCAUCAAGAAGAGAGUGGUGGGGAACAAGAACUUCCGAGAGGUCAUGCUGGCGCUUACUGUGCUGGAGACGUGUGUGAAGAACUGUGGCCACAGAUUCCAUGUCCAUGUAUGCACAAGGGAGUUUACGGAGGGAGUGCUGGUCCGAACCAUCCUCCCCAAAAACAACCCGCCUGCAGUGUUACAUGACCGGGUGCUGAGCCUCAUUCAGUCAUGGGCUGAUGCUUUCCGGAACGCUCCGUCCCUGUCCGGGGUGGUGUGCGUGUAUGACGACCUGCGACGGAGAGGCCUGGAGUUCCCCAUGACUGACCUUGACGCUCUGUCUCCCAUCCACACUCCACAAAGGAGCGCUCCAGACAAUGGAACAUCCCCUCCAUCAGCAGAACCAUCAGUUCCACCCCAGGCGCAGACCCCCGCCCCUUCUCCAGCUCCCUCCCAGAAUCCCCAGCCCCCACCGACAGAUGGACCCGUCUCCUUAUCCCCAGACCAGAGGCAGAAGCUGCAGUCAGACCUGGACCUGGUGAAGGGCAACCUGACGGUGAUGACGGAGAUGCUGAACCAGAGCAACACGGCAGAGUGUACCGCCUCAGACAGGGAACUGCUGCAGCAGUUGAACGGUGUGUGUAAAGGUAUGCAGCAGAGGGUAGUGGAGCUGAUCCCUCGACUGCUGGACGAGGCCCUGAUUGGUGAGCUGCUGGUUAUCAACGAUGACCUGAACAAUGCCUUCAUCCGCUACGACAGGUUUGAGAGGUGCAGUGCACCGAAAAAGACCACCGCAACCCCAAAAGAAGCAUACCAAAAUCUCAUAGACCUCAGCCCCGUGUCCCCGCCCUCUUAUUCGUCAGUCGACAACCCACCUGUCAGACAGCCAGCCGCCGAGGCUUCGUCCAAUCAGAUGUCUCGUCCUGUUCCAGUGGAGGAAGACGAGUUUGACAUGUUUGCUAACACCAGGGGCAGCUCUCUGGCAGAGCAGAGGAAGAGCGUGCGGUAUGAGGACCCUCGGGCUGUGGAGGGCUUGGCUGAAGCACUGGACACUCGACUGCAAGUCACGGGCGCGGAUUCAUAUGAUUCAUAUGACCAGACUCCACAUUUGUCUGUGAAGGAUGAUGACGAAUGGACUCAGGCAGCCAUUGAGUGUGUUUGGAUGCACAGUGAAGGAUUGAUGCCCGCUCCUCGAACAGGUGCAAUGAGUGACAUCGAGCAAUGGCUUUCUACAGAGACGCCUGAGACUGGGGAGGCAGAGGGAGUUACCAGUGACGACUUUGACAAGUUCCUGCAGGAGAGGGCAAAGGUGGCAGACCAUCUUCCGCGCACCCCGAAAACCACCAACGGCUCGUCGCGCGCACCGCCCAAGACGACCGGUAAAGAAGAGCGAUCACAUGACCACCUCUUCACUCUGUGAGCAGUAUGCGGGCGCCGGGUACGAAAGGCUGACAGGAGACGCGUGUCACUCAUCACUCUGAGAAGGACGUACGUGGUGACACAACUCCACAAAACCACAGCAGGGGGGUAUCCGUCGUACGUGGUUUAGUGACAAACCUGGAUGAGUAAGUGGUAAACCUCCUAAUAGAAGAGCCCUCUGAAGUUGUUUUGCUAGGAGAAUGAACCAAUGGGGGUUUUUUUAUUAGGAGUUUUACCACUUACUCCGAGUUAACUUAUCCAGGUUUGUCACUAAACCACGUACGAUGAAUACCCCACAGGUCUAAAGCCUGUUAUCUCUUACUUACUUCAGGUUGGCAAAGCCUUAGUGGUCGGUGAGUGUUGUGGCUCUUUAUUUGUAUGUAAGCUGUUUCUGUGUAUGCUGUGAUGGACAUUUAACUCCAUACUUAUGUAUCAUGCAUUCCCAACACAUGAAUGCAGCUGUGCUGACACUGAGAAGCCCACAAUUGUGUAACAUUAUAUGAAACCAGCAGUUAAGUAAUGCAACAUGAAGAGAUGCACAAACCAGUGGAUGAAAAUGAAGAAGUUCAAAUCUUUAUGGGGUAAAUAAAAAAUGUGUACUUUAUAGGUUAAUCCUAUUUCAAAUGAGUUUAUCUGAUCUAUAAUCUAUUUGGUACAUUCUUACCAGUUUUGGUACUAUUAUUAUAUUCAUUGUUGAUUGUAAUUAAAAGAAUUGUCACUCAUCACAACUGGGGGAAAAA